GUAACGUCCUAGCGUCCGUCGGGGAAACAGUUGACAGCAGACAAGAGCAGGCCGGAGUGGGUAAACAAAACAAACAUAUUAAAAAAGAGCUAAAGCAACCCAUAAGUUUGAUCUACUUUAUAUCCGUAGGAUGUGUAACAUUUUUCUAAAGCGGUUUGAAAUCUGUUAAAGGGGAAAGUCGUUUGCAAAGAGAGGGCGUGCACCUGUCAAAGCUAAAUAGGUUAACCUAGCUAACGUGUACUAGCACGAUAGCAAGCUAGCUGGCUCGUUAAACCCGCUCAGGUUAGCUAGCUAGCUGGCCAGCCAUGUCGUCCCCGUCCUCCUCCAGGCGCCAGUGGUGCUACCUGUGCGACCUGCCAAAGAUGCCGUGGACUGUGGUGUGGGACUUUAGUGAAGUAGUUUGCCGUGGCUGCGUGAACUACGAAGGAGCUAAUCAGAUUGAGUUCCUUAUAGCGAGUGCCCGACAGCUAAAACGGACUCACGGGAUGCAGGACGGUAACGUCAGAUCACCUGGUCCCUCGUCCAAUAAACACGGCACAUCUGGCAGAGGAGAUGCUUCAGCGGACGGAGGCAGGCCGCACACGGACCGCUACGAAAGGGGAGGAAGAGGAGAAAGUACCGUGUCAGCUAUUCGUGUACCGCCCAACGGGCUGCACCGUGACGGCCAGCCGCCUCAAGAAGUGAACCGUCAGAGUCCAAGCGGCAGCCGACGACCCAUGCUCGGCGCUGCCAUCCCUCCUAGUUUAGUAACUCAAAGUAUUGCAGGCAUUCCCCAUGGGCUACUUGCGGGCAUGCCGGCGGGUCUGACCGCCAGGACAGCCCCUAUGAGCAGCCCCAUGAUCUUCCCUGCCCCGGUGCUGGCUGAGAUGAGCCGCAGGCAGCUGGGGAUAGGGAUGGGGAUGGCCCCUUUUAUCACUCCGGAGCUGGAGCGAGAGCUCAGUUCAUCCCAGAAUCAGCCCAAGAUACAGACGCAGGUCCACACUGCUCUGGCUGGCAGCAGCGCCAGCAAGAGUACAGGGCUCCCUUCUUCGUCCUCGACUCUGGCUGGAGGUGUAAGCCAGACAAGCCCAAAGCCUGCCUCAUCUCCAGCCAGGCAGCCACGCCCCCUAACCGCGAGGUCCGGAGGGGAGCCCCUGGGAUCCAGCACCUCAGCAGAGGCUGCCACCACAGCUGCAGCUUUACCCCACAGUGGUGCCUCUGAGCUGGGGUCAGCGUCUGGCAGCAGCACCCAUUCAACCGGAAACACUCUGUCCUGCACCUUGUGUCAUGAGAGGCUGGAAGACACACACUUUGUUCAGUGUCCAUCAGUGCCAGGCCAUAGGUUCUGCUUUCCCUGCACCAGAGUAUACAUCCAGAGCCGGCGAGGUGAUGGGGAGGUGUAUUGCCCCAGCGGAGAGCGCUGUCCGUUAGACAACUCUCCAAACAGUCCCCCAUGGGCCUUCAUGCAGGGAGAAGUCUCCACUAUUCUUGGCACUGCUGGAGCAGGAGCUCCAUCAGCUGCUGCAUCUGGAGCCGGGAACGGGCCCGGCCCUGGAGCUGCAGCUGCUUCCGCAGCAGGGAGCGGAGCUGCCAGUGGAGCCGGAGCUGCCAGUGGAGAUGUCACCGUCAAGAAAGAGAGAGAGACGUGAUGAUGAUUUCCAUGGAAACCAGGACCCAACACAGCAACAGAGUCAUGUCACAUACCAGAAGAACACGUCUGCAAGGGAGCUCUGAAAGAUCCAGAAGAGAAGCAACACAGAGACCCACAGUUCUAAAACCUCCAUUACACAGGUCUUGACCACAGCAACUCACACCACCCAAUUUUAUCAGCGUUAUUGGACCUAAAAUUGCCUUCAUGAUGCACGGUUGGAAUCAGAUAUUCAGGGCCAAUCAGCAGCUGAAUAAUGGCUACUUUUUGUAGAGUUUGUAUUAGUUGUGCCAGUUGAAACAACUGAUCAUGCCCUCAUUAGCACUGCUGGCUAGCUAGAGUUAGCAGCUGGAAAUAAAUGGGCUGAAGCAGCACAUAGACUACACCCGUUUUCAUCAUGAUUGUCUCACUUUCCUACAAAAAAAAAAAUGUUCGGAUGGAGUACAGCGCUGUAGGACUGUCUCCAGAGCUGCUUCUCUCCCAGAGAACGGUCAGUUUAAUGUCUGCCCAGUUGGCACAAGCUAACACAGCAGCUUACAUCCAACACCGAGCUGUUAAGUGAUCCAACAAACUCACACUGAUACUUAUACAUCUUGACUCUUGUUAAGCUUGGUUAUGACAAUUCAGUAACUAUAGCCAUAUGACACAAACAGUUAGCCCUUUUACUAUCUGGUUUACAUUACAUGAAUCUUGAAACCCCUCUGCACAAAGUAACCUAAAGCUAAAGCUAAUAUGUAGCUACAUGUUGCAAAAUAAUUCAUUACUCUAUAACAAAAAAUUCUUGGAAUUCAAAAUCUUCAAAAAUCAUUUGACAUGACUGAGUUUGUCUGAGUCUUACUCCACUCCAACAUGAAAUAAGCAAUCUGUGCAACAAAUUGGCAACCACCUGUGCUUCGAGCUACAGCAGUGUGACUUGAGUGCAAUGGUAGGGGUGAAGAGGAGUGUGACAUUUAGUGGCUAAUGUUAUCAAUAGCACCUUGACAAAAAACAGUGUGAACAGGACUACUGAAAUGUCUCAAUUUCUCUAUAGGGCCACCAUUGUAUUAAUGUAUCAUUGUCAUUGGUUUUAUUUGCUAAAAGUAGCAAGCAUCGCUACAAAUGGUAGCUUGUUAGCAAUCCCAGUGUGUAUUGGUUAUAUUACCCUUCUUAAACUCACAGAAAGUAGCCAUGGUCCAGUGUUUAUUGUAACAGUACAUUAAGUAUUGUGUUUUCACGGGGAAGCACAAAAGUUUGUUUUUUACAAAUCCAACACAAAUGUUUAAAUACUAAAACAGUGACCACGGUUGUUCCAUAUCUUUCUCGUUGAUGAACAAACUGUUGGCCGGCAGCAUGCAGAAGGAGGUCAGAUAUCAGACUGUUGGCAGAAAAAUACAGGCUGUUCUGAGUCGAAACAAGUUGGAACUUAACUGUCUCAGACAAAAUGCCAUUUUCUCUGCCAGUGCUUCGUCUAAAUGAAAUAUUUGUGUUUCUACAAAUACAAUUUACAUGACAUGAAAUUGGCAUUUAUGAUGAAAAAGUGUACCUUAAAUUUGAAAUACAGAAUUGUUAUUUUUUAUUGUUUGAUGACUGAAUCCUUUACCUGGCGCACAAUCAGUUGUUGUUUUUUUAAACAAAAAGAAAAAUCUUAAACAACUAAACAUGAGAAUUGGACAGGAUGCCAGUAGUCAUUUUUCUGCGCAUUUCUUUUUUUUUCGCUUAAAUAAAGCUGACUGACUCAGAGAGAGGAGAGUGUGUAGAAACAAAAAGUUAAUCUUUCAAAGCAUAGACCAGCCAGAGACUCUUGUGUUUAACUGUAUUUAAAUGUUGCUUUCAUACAAGAUCCAGCCCAGCCUACGCUUUACCCUGAAUGUAUAUGAAAGAUAUCUAUUGAUAGGCCUAGGACUAUAUUUUAUACUAGAAUGUUAAAUGUUAUAUACUGUAUAGAUCUAUAAUAGUAUGUGCAAUCCUUAGUCCUAGUAUAUGCAACAGUUUGGAAUAUGUAAUUAAAACGAUUGUGUAUCAUUUCUUAAACCUUUUGUUUUUAAAGUGAGAAUCCACCUAAAAGCAGAAAUGUCCUUCUGUAACCCUGGAAGGUGUAUUAUUGUUCAUGAAUUUGUUUCUCCCAAAAAUAGAGAUAAGACUUUUUAUCGCCUGACACUUUCAUGGAGUAGGAACUGUACUUUUUACAGUCAAAAGAAUAUUUUUAGUUUGCAGAUGGUGAAAUUAAUCUUAACCUCACAGUUUGUUUAUUUUGCUCUCCGCUUAUAUAUCCAGCAUUCCAUUCAUGUCAGUGGAACAAAUGUGGAUGACCAUACAUACUGUACAUCUAGUCCAAACUGUCUUCGUCAGUUACAAAGAAAUGUGCAGGGAUUUAAUGUUCCGAAAAUCCAACAUCCAACAAAUACGUUUUUAGUGGAUUCUCUCUUUAUGUGCAGUAUGUACUUGCCAGUACAGAAGCACAGACAAACCAAAGGUAAUUUUACGCCCAAACUGAUGUUUCUGGAUGUAAAUGUUUCAUGGGGGGAAAGAAAAUAUUGCUAUAUUUUUUGGCCAGGUCUUAGCCGGCUGUCUUCAUCAAGCCGUUACAGUUUACAGGCCCAUGUGGUCUACUGUACGUACGGGAUUUCAUAAAGAGUAAAGGUCUAUAGUACGCAGCAAGUACUAAUGUCGGCCUUCUAUAUCGAGAGAAUAUCCCACAGAUCAGGUCUGUUUUAGAGAAAUGUCUUUGAAGAAGUGGAAUUUAAGUUUAAUAUGCACUGAUACAUCAUGCAAUCCCUUGUUAAGUGCCUUUUUAAAAUGUUUACCGUCUGUUUGUGUGUCUGGGAACCUCAGGGGAAGUCGGAGUGCAAUGGCUUUUUUAUUGUCUAGUCAAUGAUUAACCUGAAUCUGUUUCCCUUCAGUCACCAUCAGACGGCUUUUGCUUUCAUCCGAAGCCUUUGUAAAGUCGGCCAGCCAUUUAUUGUCUCGAUAUGGUCUCUCCUCACAUCUCUCUUUUUUUCAUUUAUGUGUCAUCUUUAGAUCUGUUGGUUUUAUUGCAGCUUUAUGUACAAAAUAGAAACCAGGAAUAAAUGGGAUGGAAACUUGUA